AUGGCUGGCGACGCUCCAGUUGGGACUACCGAGAAGAAUUCUAAGUAUAUGGGCAAGCGGGAGGACGCGAACGACGUGCCCGACAACGAGCCUGGGCUCUCGAAGAAGGAGCGGGCACAGGCGCAGCGACCUCCUGGGUCUCCCGCCGCCGACCAGCGAGGACACUGCGUCGCGUCUUCGCACAAGAACGAGAUCACGCCCAACGUUCCCACUGGGCACCCGCCCGUUCGGCCCGUCAUCUCCUUCGACCAGCUCGACAUCCCAGCCGAGCUCCAAUCCGCCUUCGACGGUUUCAAAACACCCACGCUCAUACAAGCGUGCUCUGGCCGCCCGCACUGGAGGGUGUCGGUAUCGCGGAGACCGGAAGCCCAUACACCUAGUGGAAAGGUCCUCGCGUUCGGCCUCCCCGCACUCUCACGCCUCGUCGCGUCUCCUCUACCCGCGUCCGACAAGAAGUCGAAGCGGAAGAACAAGGGUCACGCAACCACCGUGUCAGUCCUCGUCGUCGCCCCCCACGCGCGAGCUCGCGCGAAACGUUGGAGAAGCUCGGUGCGCCGCUGGGGAUCGCGAGCAUCGCCGAUCAAGAUGCUCAAGAACGCACAGGGCGGCGGGCUGACGACGCAGAUCGCGGUGGGGACCCCCGGGCGGAUACUGGAAUUGCGGAACGAGGGUGCGUGUGAUCUCAGCAAGGUCUCGUACCUGGUCCCCGAUGAGGCGGGCUGGAUGCUGGACAGGGGUUUCGAGAACGAUAUCCGCAAUACCACCAGGUUGACGAUGCAGGGUGCUGAGCGACAGACGCUGAUGUUCAGCGCGGCAUGGUCUGAUUCGGUGCGCAGGCUCGCGGUGACGUUCCAGCGUGACCCGGUCCGGGUCACUGUCGGCAGCGAAAACCUGACUGCGAACAGCAGGUUGGAGCAGGUCGUGGAGGUGUCUGACAACACGAGGAAGAAGGACCCUGCGGGCUGCGACGCCGAACUCCGAAGCUUCGAUUUGAAGCGAGGCGAAUCCUGGCACGAGGACCAGACGUUGUUCGGAGUCCGGUCGAAGGCGGCCCGUCUCCGGAUUCCAAUCCGACUCGGGCGGGAUGAGUCGGACGGUCCUUGGGUGCGCCGCGCCGUCUCCUCCGUUAUCGCGCAUCACACAUACAUGGCCACCCCACUUCCUAUGCUCCCAACAAUCUCGGAGACCUACUCAUUCUUGUUGUCGUACUCCUACUGGAACAUAGCAGCCACCACAUUCGUGACCUUUGAUGGGAUUCUCACGCUGGGUCGGGAGGCAAAGGUGUAUUGGGGCAGGAAAACCAGCCUGUCGGCGGCCCUGUACUACGGCAACAAAUAUUUUUACCUGGCGUCAACGGUGCUCUUCUACUGGGAGCUGUCAAGAGGCGCGCUCUCAAACCAGGCGUAUGUUACUCCUUGUCGACUCACCGUUUCUCAGAACGUUGUGACUGUAUUUUGGGCAGUAUUUACCUCUCUUCGAGCGUAUGCUCUAAGUCACAUGCGGACCCUCUCCGUAUCAAUUUUCGUCUUGUCCAUCGUCCCCCUCGUCGUGAACAUCGUCACAGCGUUCUUCAUACCGACUGCCAGUCGACCGUUAUUGGGGUGCGUUGCCCAGAUCAAUGACCGAAAGUUCUUCGAUGUCGAUGCCAUCAUUCUACUUAUCGUGGACAUCCUGCAGCUCAUCGUGUCCGUCUUCGUGUGGGCCACUUCGGAGCUCAACGAUGCCCUUCUCCAUAUCGCCCACGUGGCGCUAUUUUGCACGCCGCUUGCAAACGUGAUCAUGACACACUUCCUUCUCGACCUCCAAGAAGCGAGCCAGAACACGCCUGUUUUCGACUCGGGCGACAUACUGUACUCAUCGGACCACGAGCAUAGGCAGUGCGCGGAGGUGCCGGAAGAGCACGAGCUCCACGACGCGCGGAGCUGA